AGAAUCUUUUUAUUCGUUCUAAAAGUAUUACUCGUGGAAAUUAGUCAUAAUGACUGCAACUUCAGUAUCUCCAGCUCCAGUUGAAGAGAAGGCUCCGGCCAAGGUCGAUUCACCUAAAAAAGUUGCUGCCAAAAAACCAGCAACUAAAACAACUCAUCCAAGUGCUGCUGACAUGGUUACUGCUGCUAUUAAAACUCUUGGUGAACGUGGUGGAUCAUCCCUUCAGGCUAUCAAAAAGUACAUCGCUGCGACCUACAAGGUUGAUGUUGAAAAACAAGCACCGUUUAUCAAAAAGUUCCUCAAGGCAGCUGUCAUUAAGGGAACUCUGGUUCAAACAAAAGGAAAAGGUGCUUCUGGAUCAUUUAAACUUCCAGUUGAGAAAGCAGCAUCGAAGCCAAAAGCUGCUGCGAAGAAAGCUGCCGCUCCUAAAAAACCUGCAGCUGCUAAAAAACCAGUAGCCAAAAAAGCAACUGGUGAAAUCAAAGCUACUAAGAAACCUGCAUCACCUCAAAAGGCACCAGCUCAGAAAGCUGAGCCAAAGAAACCAGCUGUUAAAGCUCCACCAAAAACUAAAGCUGCUGCUUCUCCAAAAGCCAAGAGAAUUGCCAAGGGUCCCACAGCUAAACCCAAAUCACCGAAACCUAAGAAAGCUGCUGCACCAAAAACAACAAAAGGUCCAGCGAAGAAAACCUCAGCAGCCAAAAAAUAAAUUCUGACUCAUACAUUCUUCGGAAUGUUUGAUUAUUAGAUAUUCGACAAAUACAUUAUACAAAUAUAAGAAACAAAGCCAACGGUCCUUUUCAGGACCACCCAAAUCUUUUAAAACGUAUCCAACUCUUCGAGAUCAAUAUUUGUAUCUGCUAUGAUACUCUCUUGGUUAAAGACUAUGAUUUAAAAUAAUGAAAAAAUAUUUAAGACGCAUUUUCAUUUAUUUCUCUAUUCGCUCUCAGCUGGAUAAAUGGCACUAUCGUUGUUGCACUUGUACAAUCGCCGACAAUAAUUCGCCCCGGGUUGUGUUGCCCCCGGCUUGAUGAACUUUUCUAUUUCAGUACAUCUCUUCCAAAACAACAGUAAUAAAAAUAUUUGUAUAAAAGAUACUUCUAGUAUCAAAUUAGUUUUUUAUUUGAUAAAUCCAUUCUAAAUUUAAUAUCUCUAGGAUAAUAUUUAUUAAAACAAGACACAAUUUAAAUUUCUGUUAAAUAAAUUAUCUGUAAAAUUAAACAAAUGUAUGAAAAUAAUGUGGAAAAAAUAAAUUUCAAUUUUUUCAUA